GCGGGGUCUGCCCCCCCCCACCCCGCCUGGCCCUAUAAGAGCCGCUGUCACCCGGCACGGGGGUACACAGCCCAGAGGACACGGGACGGGAUUUUGGAAGCUGACAGAUUUGCAGGCUCAGCCAUGUCUCACACGUCCAGACCUGCCUUCAGCAGGGCCAGGGGUCCCAGGGGACACCGGGAGCAGUCCCAGGCUUGCAGUCACCCACCGGGUGGCAUGGCGGAGCUGAGCACGGGGCCCGGGGACGCGGCAGAGUCUGUCAUCGACCCUGACAUGGUGGCCUUGUUCAAGGAGUUCCUGGGGGAAGAGACCCUGUCCGAGGGGCCCUCGUUGGAGACGCAGUCCCUGGCGAAGCCCUACCACUACGUGGUGCGGGACACGCAGCAGAAGGGGCUCUACCUGCACGACGGGCAGCUGGUGGCCACCAGCCUGCAGGGUGCCAACGCCGCCCAGGAAGAACCCAUCAGCGUGGUGCCCAACAGACACCUGGAGCGCUGGCGUUGUCCCCUCUUCGUGGGCAUCCGUGGCGGCAGCCAGGCCCUCUCCUGCGGCACCGGCCCCGAGCCCCAGCUGAAGCUGGAGGAGGUGGGGCUGCUGGAGCUGUUCUCGCGGGAGGACAAGGCCACCCCCUACACCUUCUACAAGACCUUUAGUGGCUCCACACACACCUUCGAGGCCGCUGCCUUCCCCGGGCGCUUCCUCAGCACCGCGCCGGAGCCGGGGGAGGCGCUGCGCCUGGCCGCCCCACCCGCCAUCACCAACUUCUACCUGCGCCGCAAGUGACCGCGGCACCCGUGGGUGGGUGGGGAGCACCCGUGGGUGGGGGUGUUCUCCCCACUGUCGGUCCGGCGGGUGGGGGGAAUAAAGCCGCGUCUUUGUCC